CCCGCCAUUUAUCAAUGUUUUUCUGAGUGGACGCAUCGAACCUGAGACGCGCGCUUACUUCUUGCCACCCCCUUACUUACAAGGCUUGAACGCUUGAACAUGUUCACAACGCACUGCCAUCCUUUCAUGCUCAGCCAAGCCAAGUUUCAAGGCCAUUGCUUGGAUGCAUGAAAUGCUGCAGAUGAGUUAGGCGCCGGGUGCAGUUCACCUCCGAUGGUUCCUUCGAAGUCUAGCUCCAAGCCAUGUCCUCCCAAUCCCUCGAAAUUUCCAAUCUCUCCCUUGUGACCAGCUUAAAGUUCUACAAUCAUCCCAUUCAAAGGUUAUACACAAUGUCGCCAGCGGCUUUAACAACUGCGAGUGCAACUCUCCCCUCCUUUGCCAUCACCACAACAUUUACAGCACCUACACAAUGCGCGCAAUCAAUCGGAGGACUGACAAUGCUGGAGAAUGACGGGUUUAGAAUAUGGUUGAAUGCACCUCUUCCCGUGCCAGGAACUACUAUAUCAUCAUGUUACCCGGACCAAUUUAUGUCCAGUUUCCUUCUUCAAACGGGUGGCAUUUCUCAAGCCCCUUUUCGGCCUUUGGUGUGCCCCGAUGGAUACGAGACCCAAGGCCCGUACACUUCUAAUUACAUUGCCUGUUGUCCGAGUGGUUGGGAUGGCCUCGCUCCAGCGUCAAAUGCUCCUUCUGACCGACCAGCUUUCGGUGGAACAUGCUUCACAAAUAUAUACAAUGUACCGAUCCAAAUAACAUCAUAUGAUGAAUCAGCCAUUAAAGCCUCCUCUAUAUUCACAGCGACCGGUACUUCAGAUCAAGCAUUCGCAUACCCAUAUGAAGGGUUUGCGCUAGGGGUUGCUGUGUUAGCAAGCACAACACGAUCAUCGCAAGCUUCUGAAACCUCGACAAAAACAUCUACAACAUUUGAAGAGUCCAAUACGCGCUCAGGAGGAAUGACACAUGGAGAAGUUGCCGGCUUGGUCCUCGGAUGCAUCAUGACUGUGCUCCUCCUCGUCGCACUCGUUGUGUUCGUACUGAACCACAGACAUAAGCGACUCACAGACAGGAGAAUGCAAUUCUCGUUCUACAACUCGCACAUUCGCCUUGCUGGUUCUCCGAUGCCGAUGAUGUACAUGGAUAGGAACGAGAGGAGCUCUCCAGACACUGUAUUUUACUCGGGCAAGGAAGGGCUUAAUCACAAGAAGGUUCAGGUAGAACUGGAAGCUCCGAGACCGAGGACUGUGUAUGAGAUGGAAGCUGCGCCAUUACCAGUCACGAAGACGAAACAACUACCAGACCUGCCGAAGGACCUGAAGUCACCUUAGGAUCGACCGAAGGUGCCUCUUUCAUGACUGUACAUAUUGUUUUCUUGGUGUCACGGAGCAGGCGUUCCCGGCAUUUGAGGGAUGUCCUAGAGCAGGGUUUUUGAGAUAUCCUCUUCAGCUGUAUUAUUUAUUCGCUCGGAGUGUUGGAAAUGAUACCAAAGAAUCUAGCUACUUUCACUUAAGCUA